AUGAAUCAAAAGUCGUUGUUUGUGGCGUUGCUCGCCCUGUCUUGCGCCCUGUCUGGGCCGCUGAGCGCUAUGCUGGUGGCGCCUGGAGAUGUGCCCAAGAUGACAGCAAGGGAUAAAGGGGAAGAAAUUGCACAUAUGACCUUCAACACUCAUACAGCGGACCUGGAAGGCGUUGCCGCCAUACCAGUGAGAAAUCACGAAGAAAUGAUGGACAAAGUCUUGACCAUCUGGCAUGCCCAGUGCCACGCUCUCCUCAGCGAUGCAGAUAUCAUGGCACGCCUUCAGGGUGACAAACCCGACCUCAUCCUGGGCGUUCCCUUCUUCCCUUGCACAACGAUGCUGGCCGCCAAACUUGGCGUGCCCUAUAUUUCCCUCAACCCUUCUGGCCUGGUUGGAAAUAGCUUUAUGCACCCCCUGUGGGCAGGCAGCGGCCGCGAUUUUCACAUCGGCCCCCGCCUCUCCAGCGUGCCAGAAAUGUUCCUCGAGGCUUCUUACCCACUGACAUUCCUGCAGCGCAUGCAGAAUGCGUGGCUCUAUGCAAAGGCGCAGCUGCACGAAUAUGGCACCCACCGCCCGAUGACAAAGGCGCUCCAGGCCAAGCACGGCACAGAUCUGGCUUCCCCAGAAGCACGCCGGCUGGAGAUGCUUCACAUUGUGAAUAGCCACAUGGCGUACGAGCAGCCGCGGCCGCUGCCGCCCAACGUGAAGCUGGUUGGACCUAUCAUGGCCAAGCCUGCCGCGCCGUUGCCUCCCGACCUGCAGGAAUUUGUGGAGGGUGCGGGUGAUGCGGGCGUUGCACUUAUUUCACUCGGCACCCUGGCAAAAUUCGACAAGGCGGAGACUCAGAUGAUCGCAUCAGCGUUGAGCAGAUUGCCAAUCAGGACUAUUUGGAAGAUGUCAAAGCAGGAGGUUGCAGCUGUGGGGGGACUGGAUGCUCUGAACCUGACGGACAAUGUGAAGGUUGUGACCUGGGUGCCUCAGAAUGAUGUGCUGGGCCACCCCAGUACAAAGGCGUUCCUGUCUCACUGUGGCGCCAAUGGCUUGAAUGAGGCUGCGUACCAUGGCGUUCCUGUCGUGGCCAUGCCCUUCUACGGAGACCAGCCCAUGAACGCCCGUAAGCUCAUCGGCAAGGGUAUGGCGGUGGCGCUGCAGAAGAGGGGUUUGAGCGCGGAGGGGGUGUAUGACGCGUUCACAAGGGUCCUGACCGACGAGAGCAUCCGGGCAGCUGCCGCGAAGGUGUCCAAGCGCAUCCGCAGCCGCAAGCGCUCUUCUGUACAAGAGACAGCAGACUGGGUGGAGCAUGUGCUGGACUCCGACGGUGAGGCCUACAUGCAAUUACCUGAUGAUGACAUGAGCUUCUUCGUGCGCAACUCCCUGGAUGUUGCGGCGACGUUUUUUGGCCUGGGGGUGGUUGCGCUAAUAGCCGGAGGAUUAAUCAGCGCUUGGGUGAUCGGGGGCGCGUAUCGCAAACUCAAGGGGCUUGCAGGCUGGGAGAAAAAAAUGGUGUGA